CUCAUCCCUCUUGCUACUACUCCAGCUUGAUGUUGAGGCAACAACACCUAUCUGCUAUAUCUCCCUUUUCUUCCUGGUUUUUUCAUCCAAAAUGGCGUCCCGCCCCAUCUUUACUGCCACGCACCCCCGUGCAUGCUCUACGGCUUUUGAGCGAGUCUUCAUGGCCCGCCGCGAUAUCCUAGAGAGCGUCCACGAGCCUUUCGGAGAUGCCUUUUACUACGGUCCUGAAAUUCUCAGUGAUCGUUUCAGAAAUGACACAGCCACUCGUGAGCAGAGUGGUUUCUCUCACAAGACUUACAAGGACGUCCUUGACGAGGUCAUGGAUGCGGGCAAAGAUGGCAAGCGAAUCUUCAUCAAGGACAUGGCUUACUACCUCAUGACCCCAGACAGCAAGCCCACCAAGGUUGCGCCGUCUUUAGGCGAGGAAGAGCCUGGUAACCCCACCGUGUUGCCACUAGAGGUCCUGAAGCAAUUCCAAUUCACUUUCCUCAUCCGCCACCCUCGCCGAGCUAUCCCUUCAUACUACCGAUGCACAGUGCCACCUCUGGAUGAAGUCACAGGUUUCUAUGAGUUCAUGCCAAACGAGGCAGGCUACAAGGAGCUCGUGCGAUUCUUUGAUUUCCUGAUCAAAGAGAACAUUGUCGACAAGGACAACCUUGUCGUCAUUGACGCCGAUGACCUUCUCGAUAACCCCGAGAAGACCGUCCGUCUUUAUUGCGAGAAGACUGGCAUUGAUUUCAAGCCCGAGAUGCUAGAGUGGAACGAAGAAGAUUGUUCUUACGCCACAGCUGCCUUUGAAAAAUGGAACGGCUGGCACAACGACGCUAUCAAGAGCUCGGCUCUCAGACCUCGCACUCAUCACCAGAAGACGUUGACGGUCGAAGGCGAAGACAAAGAAUGGACUACCAAGUUUGGUCCCGAAGCGCAGAAAGUGAUCCGCAAGACCGUUGAAGACAACAUUGCCGAUUACGAGUACCUGAAGCAGUUUGCGCUGCAGAUCUAAGUGAUAUUAGUUGUAUACUCGUUCUGCUAUUCACAUGUUGGUUUUCUUUUCAGUUUUGGGAUCGUUUUGCAGUUUUGCCCCAUGGUCAGAUUGGAUAUGUUACACCCGGCAACGAAUUGGGGCUUUGAAUGAUUUAUGAGCGUGAUUUCGUUGAUAGUACAUCUAUUAUCGUUCAACGACUUUGGCAACAUGCCACUUGAUGAAUAUAUACAAACAUCUACAUCUAUUUUGCCAACUCUGUCGUGAAUAAUGUCUUGUCGGAUUUCAACCGCUUGCUGACAUCAGUUCUCCAACGGUAGUCCCGUAUUGAUGAAGCUCAAAAUACAUGUUUUUAUACAUUUGAACGGGGAAACACCUAUGCUGACUUUGUAGAUGAUACCUCGGCGUCCUUGAAGAUGCGAUCUUUAAUCCGCUCUCCUUUUUAGUCCCGAAUUCUUCUUCCGAUAGUCUAGGCCUUUUCUUGCUCUUGAGGGGCCUCUUCGACCACUGACUCUAAAGGCUUCGAGACAUAGGUUGGCUUCUCGAACAGUCCGUGUGUGACGUUGUUCGUCCAUUCUUGGGCGUACUCCUUAUCCAGAUCAUUCGCCCAGCUCACAGUCACACCCAGGAGUUUCUUCUCGGCGUCCUCGGCAUCUUCAGACAGAACAAUCUUGUUGCCACGACCAGCACCGCUCAAGACUGUAGCUAUAUCGGCAAUCGAAUUUGGCUUUUGGGCGUUGAGGGCGAUACCACGCUCUUCUUUUGUGCGGAUGGGCCGAUAGUUCUUGUUGCCCUUCUCCUCCUCCUCUGCGAUUCGCUUGCGGUCGGCGGUGGUAAACUCCUCGGGGCGCUUGUAUCGGAAUUCGUUAUCCCAGGCCACCUCGUGCAGGUGCUUCAACUCGCGCAGUUUUUGGAAGACGGAACGACCGAUGGAGCCUUGACCGGCGGGGAAAGCAAUGUGGGCAAAGGGUGACCAGUAGUCUUUGCGGAGCUUGGGAGGCUUUGUCUUCUUGCCAUUGAAUGGGAGCUGCUUGAGAUCG